AGUGCCACCUAUCAAUGCCAAUCAGUGCCAGUCAGUGCCACCCAUCAGUGUGCAUCAGUGCCACCUAUCAGUGCCAGUCAGUGCUGCCUAUCAGUGUGCAUCAGUGCCGCCUAUCAGUCGCCAGUCAGUGCCGCCUAACAGCGCCAGUCAGUGCCGCCUAUUAGUGCCAGUCAGUGCUGCCUAUCAGUGCUGCCUAUCAGUGCCCAUCAGUGAUGCCUGUCAAUGCCCAUCAGUGCCACCUACCAGUGCCUCCUCAUCAGUG